AUGCCCGAAACGACGAGAUCUCUUCCCACAGGCGCCCAUAAUCAUAGCACGCAGCACGAUGCCCGCCAUCAGCAGCAAUAUCAAUACCAGUACGCGCCGCAUCAGCACCACCAACCUCACCAACACCAUCAUCACCAGCAGCAGCAGCAGCAGCACAAGCACAGAGGCGCCUCUUCUGCUGGCGAACCCGAUACCGAUUCGGAUACGUUCCAAGCCUUGUUAACUGUGGCGGGUACCGAGGCUGUUGGUAUCGGGAUGGGUGAUGGGUUGACGUCGGGGAGUGGGAGUGGCGCGGGCGGGUUCAUGGAUGGUAGUGGUGGGGUUCAUCAUAUGCAGCAGCAGGAUCAUCAACGUCAUCAUGAUCAUCAACGUCGGCAUCGCCUUGGGCAUGUUGGUCAUGAUGGACGUGUUGAGCAGUAUGAUCAAAAUCAUGAGCAUUCUGGUGAUAGAUCUGAUGGUGGUAGGGAAGAUCACAUGGGGAGGCUAAGCCGCGGUGGCAGUGGCGAUAGUGGACAAGGCGCUGAGAGGGCAAGCUUGCAUGGUGAUGGAGGAAGCUCGGACAUUGAGAGAAGAGAUCCCCGCAUGGACGAAGAGGGAAUGGCGGACGCGGAUGAUCAAGCAGACAUGGCUGAUAAGGAUUUGGACAUGUUGGUUGAAACCAGUAGCGAGGAUGGGGAGGACGAAGGUCAGGAUGAGUACAAGAAGGCCGCUGCAGUAAGGUCACCACGAGGACUCACGUCAGUUUGGGAAAGUGGAAGAGAACAACAGUCGGGUGCCAGCGCUCGCGGUGGAGAUGAUGUGGACAUGGGCAUGGACACCGUACCGGGUUCACAUUUCACAAGCAUCAACAGCAAUAACCGGAACCGCCAUGGUGGUAAAGAAGUGGCGGCGGCGGCGGCAGCGGCGACAGAAAGCACGGUAAAGAUGAGUUCAGUUAGAGGAAAUACUUCUUCCACAACUACAAGGAACAACACCACCGACCCGAGCCUAGACCCACGCUUGGAUGGAACUGCGGAUCUCGAACAUCAUCAAUAUGGUCACCGGGAGCAAGUCAGAGCUGCAAAGGAUGAAGAGUCCGCUCCCGCAGGUGUGAACGCUGCAGGAGGAGGAGGAGAACCAACCUCGCCGGUAUCCCCACCAGGGGCAACGGCAACGCCAGAACGCGAUGAUAAUGAUAUCGAGAUGGGUUUGAAUGAGGACGGGGACGGGGACGAGGAGAACCACCACCACCACCAGGCUUUUGGCCAGGACGAGGAGGAGGAUGGCGUACGUUCAAGCCUCAUAAACCUGGCUGCAGAAAACGACGUAACUAUGGCGGAGGAGGAGCAGGAGGAGGAGGAGGACGAGGGACGUGAUCAGGAUCAGGACCACCAGGAAGACCAUCAAAGUUGGGAUCGAGAUGAGCAGCACUAUUGGCAAGAUUUUUCUGCAGCCGCCACCAAUAACCGCGCUGCUGAUAUGAUGGAUCCUGCUCUAGGGAAUCGUAGUGGUUCCAGUGCUGCUUCUGGCUCUGGUGCAGCAGCUGCUGCUGCUCACCCUGAUCCUGAUUCAGGAGGGCCCAACAAUCCAGAUCCAGAUGUGAUGGACACGACAGGCACAGAGACAGGCACAGAAAUUGGCGCAGCAACUCCUACUCCACCACCGGCGACGGCACCGAAUCCCGAACCAGUAGUAGCUGGAGAGGAGAAGGAAAUGAGUGGAAGUGCAGGUAAUGGUGGCUCUGCAGCAGAGGCGAAGACGACAACCACAACAACGACGACGACGACAAUGGUAACAGGGACUGGAGGAACUGGAGGAGUUGGAGGUAGUGCGAAUGGAAGUGGGAGUGGGAGUGUAAAUGGAAGUGCCGGCAAGAUGGAUGUGAGCCACUUGCUCUCUGAUGACAUUAAUACCGAGAACAACAACGAACAAAGAUAGAAACGGCCGGAAGAAUUGCAGCAUACGCUUGUAAGAUACACGAACACUAGUCAUUAAAGUACGUAGAAGGAGGGGGGUCGUGUUGUGUUAUGUUUUUUCGAACAUCGUUGUGCAGACUCUCGCUCGCUGCCAGCGUUGAUUCUGAUAUGGGAGAAUUCUUCCAAUGCUUUCAGUACCUAUACACGAGAAACGCAUCAAUAGUGUAGAGUACCUACAUACAGAAUACAGAACAGCUUUGUUUUUCGAAACACAUUUGCCAAGACUUUUG